AAUGGAGCAUUACGAAAAGGGAGAGGUUGAAGUGAUGGAAAUAAAUGAAGAUCCAAAAAUGGAUGAUAAUACCAUUAAAAUGCGUGUCAACUAUGGAAGUAAAGUUGGAAAUUUAAUAUCUUUUGCUCAAAAAAAGUUCAACAAUAACGAUAUAAAUUCAAUAGCAUGGUAUGGUAAUGAUAAAUCGGUAUCUAAAGCUAUAACUUGUGCAGAAAUAAUAAAACGAACAUACAAGAAUCUGCAACAGGAUACAAGAAUUGGUUAUAAAAGAGUUAUAGAAUAUUGGGAACCAAAGGAAAAAGAACUCGAAAGGUUAAAGGUUACAAAGAAAAUUCCUAGAAUAUGUAUACUCUUAACAAAGGGACAAAAUACUAAGAUGUCUAAAACUCAGCCUCUUCCUCAAGGAAAUAUCCUUAGAGUUCCAGGAGAUGAAAAUUCAUCAGUCCAAGUACGUAAUAUGAUAGAAAGUGAUAGCGAGUUUGCAGCGAAAAUGACAGUUGAAAGUUUCGAAAGUAAAUUUGAGUGGGCAGUUGGUAAGAGAAAAGUUGAGAGUUUGAAAAAAGCCGAGGAGGAUCAUCAUAGGAAAAUGAGCGAUAUCUAUCACGAAAUAUAUGUGGCUACUGUAGAUGGGAGACUGGCUGGAAUGCUAAAGUUAAAAUUCUCAAAUAGCGUGGAUGUGGAAAUGCCCAUAUGCGACUAUUCUAGAUAUAUUGGAUGCUGUGGCGCAAUUGGUCUAUGUUGCAUGGGAUGCGUUCUAUCCGAAUCUUCAAUCCCAAAGGGAACGGCCUAUAUUGAUCAUAUAUGCGUUGACGGCUCAUUUAGAGGAAAGGGAGUUGGAACUGUUCUCCUUGAAAGAGCAGACUAUGAGGCUCGUUUACGAGGAUGCUAUAGAAUUCAAUUGUAUGUGGCUCAGUCAAAUCGUGCAAAGAAUUUAUAUCAAAGGCAUGGCUAUAGAAUUAUUGAAGAUGAAGACGGAUGUCUUAUUACCUGGUGUGCAGUGGGCAUUCGGGUAAAACUUUUGAUUCCUUUUUUAUAG